AUGGCAUUGAACGGCAAGGUUGCACUGAUUACAGGAGGGAUCAAGAAUCUUGGAGCCGAGACAGCGCGCGAGCUGGCUGGCGCCGGUGCGAACCUGGGCCUCCAUUACAACUCCGCGAGUAGCAAGACCAAUGCUACUGAACUGGAAGCCGAGCUGAAGCAGAAGCACCCUAGCUUGAAGGUCGUGUUCUACCAGGGCGAUCUGACCUCGGCUGCAGCUGUAGACAAGUUGUUUGAUUCGGUGCUCAAGGAUUUUGGCAAGAUCGACAUCGUGGUGAACACGGUUGGGAAGGUGUUGAAGAAGCCCAUCGCUGAGAUCUCGGAGGAAGAGUACGACUCUAUGUUUGCAAUCAAUUCCAAGGCCGCCUUCUUCAUUCUCAAAGCCGCUGCCCGCCACAUCUCCGACGAUGGCAAGAUCGUCACCAUUGUUACUGCCUUGCUGGGCGCCUUCACCGGCUUGUAUACCUCAUAUGCGGGAUCGAAGGCACCAGUGGAGCACUUUACUCGAGGUGUUUGCAAGGAGUUGCAGGCACGGCGGGUGAGUGUGAACAAUGUGGCUCCGGGCCCAAUGGAUACGCCAUUCUUCUACCCCCAGGAGUCGCCAGAGGCGGUCGAGUUCCACAAGAGUAACGGCAUGGGCAACCGAUUAACCAUGGUGCAGGAUAUUGCGCCGGUGAUUCGAUUCCUCUGCACCGACGGCGCAUGGAUCACCGGCCAGACCAUUUUUGCGAACGGCGGGUACACGACUCGUUGA